AGAUAUGGAAUAUAUCUACGUGGUGAUGGAGUAAGAAAUAAAUUAAAAAUUAGAAUAUGUAAGGGAGGUGAUAUCUUUGAUAAAGUGCUGGAAUAUGGUAAUUUUGAUGAGUAAGGAGCAUUAACGAUAUUUAUUCAAAUUAUAAGAUCAGUUGUCUAUUACUAAUCUUUGAAUAUAGUCCAUAGAGAUUUGAAGCCUGAGAAUUUCCUGUUUCAGAAGAACAACGAUUUAGACUCACUCUACAUCAUUGAUUUUGGUUUGGCCAGAGCAUUCUCCCCAGGCCUACAAUACUAAUGGACGAAAGCAGGGACCGUAAGCAAUUUAUAUAAAGUGUAAGGCUUAUUAUGUGGCACCAGAAGUAUUACAAGGCACCUAUGAUAACAAAUGCGAUAUAUGGUCAAUAGGGGUCAUAUUAUACGUUUUAUUAUGUGGUUAUCCUCCUUUUUAUGGAGAAAAUGAACAUGAAAUUUUAUAAUCUAUAUAGAAAGGUAAAUUUGAUUUUGAUGGGCCUGAGUGGAAGAAUGUAUCAAUAGAGGUCAAGCAAUUGAUUUGUUAAAUAUUGUAGCCAAAACUAUAAAGGAUAGAUUUAAAAACCAUAUUGAAACACCCUUGGGUAUAAAAAUAUGUUUAGAAAGGAGAAAUAUUACUUACCAAAUAUCAUUUGGAUAGAUGGAGGCAAUAUCACAUAUUAAAACAAAUAGGAUUAUUGUACUUAGCAACUCAGUUAGAUUAAAGUGAGAUUUUAGAAAUUAAGAAUGGGUUCCUCUUUAUGAAUAGAUCUUAAUCUGGUAUAUUGAGUAAAGAGGAGAUUAAUUUUUUGGAUGAUGAAUUGUAAACCUUGGAAUAUUAUCGUAAUUAUUAGAAUUUAAUAGAGAAUAUAUCUCACUCUGUUUGGAACCAAUUAUCUAUAAGUAGGAAAAGUACUAGAAAUUGAUGUUUGUUCAUUUAUCAAUAGAUGGUCGGAUAACUACAAAUAGUUUAAGGAGUAUUUGCAUAUAUUUAGAGUGUGAUAUGGAUUAUUAACAAUUCAUUAAUUUAUUUUGA